UGUACAACCGCCUACGCGAAAGCCUCUGUACGAACCGCGUGCAAAGAUGGCGGCCCCCAGGGUGCCGAGGGAACCCGGACGCGGGUAUAUUACCUCAUAAAAGAACGCAGAAACCUGUAUUCCAUUCUCCAUAGAAACGCGGCAACAACGCCGCGAAUCUUAGUCUGACGUUCUCCGGAGAGGAGACCAGAAGGGGAAAAAGUUAGGCAAGUAAGUUAGGCCCUGGAGAGGUGAUAUAGCUGCAGGUUCGGGAGGGUGAGGUCCGUGCGUGGGUAUGUCCGUCCGCCGUUAGUUAGGUGGCUGCCCAAAUGAGUUGGUGAAGGUAGCGCAGGGGCGGAGAACAUGGAGGAGUCUACUGGAUGUCUGUGAUCAGGGUGUCUUUGGGUUCAAUCAUAGGGGGCUCGGGUGGUCAAUGAUAAAAGCUCUGAACAGAUCAACUACAGAGAGUCUGGAGGUCAGAACUACAGAGAGUCACGGAUCACCCUGCCUGUGGGUGGGCUGGUGUUUGUGACCGCGGCGUCCCGGUCAGGACCUGGAAUAACUUGGAUCCAGUAAUCGAGGAACCAUUAAGUUUUGGCAAGAGAUAAGAAAAGAAUGAAGAGGGAAGAGGUUCCAGGACCUAUAUAUUGCCCCUUCUGGGAAAACUGUUGAAUGGAUAGUGAGAUUUCUAACUAGAAAUUAGGGCGUAUCAAAGAAGACAAAGAUAAGAGUAUGCCAGUUGCCGGCCAUUUCUUAAAACAGAAGAAAAUGAUCCAGGCUCAGGAGUCACUGACGCUGGAGGAUGUGGCUGUGGACUUCACUUGGGAGGAGUGGCAGCUCCUGGACCCUGACCAGAAAGGCCUGUACAAGGACGUGAUGUUGGAGAACUAUAGGAACCUGGUGUCACUGGGGUAUCAAGUCAGCAAACCAGAUGUUCUCUCCAAGUUGGAACUAGGGGAAGAACCAUGGACAACAGAGGAUGAACUCCACAGUCUGGUCUGUCCAGACACUGACAAAGUUGAUAGUUAUCUCCAGGAUCACUGGGAAAAUGAAAGAAUGCUGAAAGGUAUGGAACAAAACCACAAACACAAUACUUUUGAAAAUAAUGUUAUUCAAAGCAGAAGUCAGUUUCCUUUCAGGCAAAAUCAUGGUAUGUUUGAGUUUUACGUAAAAACUCUGAAUUCAAAUUUAAGUUUGGUCAAACAGAGUAAAAGCUGUGAAACUAAGGUCUCUACUAAACUGAAUGGAGAUGGAAAAUCAUUUCAGCAUGGCAAGCAUGAAGAUUUUCAUCUUAGAGUUAAAUUCCCUGUCAGUGUAAAAUUCAUCAGCAAUAAUUCCCAGGUCAUUAAACAUCAAAGAACUCAUGAAGUAGAGAAGGCUCACAUAUGCAGUGAAUGUGGGAAAGCCUUCAUUAAGAAGUCUCAGCUCACUGAUCAUGAGAGAGUUCACACAGGAGAGAAACCUUAUGGAUGCAGUCUUUGUGCGAAAGUAUUCUCCAGAAAGUCCAGGCUCAAUGAACAUCAGAGAAUUCACGAAAAAGAGAAAUCCUUUAUAUGCAGUGACUGUGGCAAAGUCUUUACCAUGAAGAGCCGUCUGAUUGAACACCAGCGAAUUCACACUGGAGAAAAACCCUAUGUGUGCAGUGAAUGUGGAAAAGGCUUCCCAGGGAAGCGUAAUCUCAUUGUACAUCAACGAAAUCAUACUGGAGAGAAAUGCCUUGUCUGUAGUGAAUGUGGGAAAGGCUUCACUGGGAAGAGCAUGCUCAUCAUACAUCAGCGAACUCAUACAGGAGAGAAACCCUACACUUGCAAUGAGUGUGGGAAAGCCUUCACCACGAAGCACUAUGUCCUCAUACAUCAACGAAAUCAUACAGGGGAGAAACCAUAUGUAUGCAAGGAGUGUGGUAAAGGCUUCACCAUGAAGAGCCGUCUGAUUGAACAUCAGCGAACGCACACUGGAGAGAAACCCUUUGUGUGCAGUGAAUGUGGAAAAGGCUUUCCCAGGAAGAGUAACCUCAUUGUGCAUCAGAGAAAUCAUACAGUAGAGAAAUCCUAUGUAUGUGGUGAAUGUGGGAAAGGCUUUACUGUGAAGAGCAUGCUUAUCAUACAUCAGCGAACACAUACUGGAGAGAAACCCUACACCUGCAGUGAGUGUGGGAAAGGCUUCCCCUUGAAGAGUCGGCUGGUUGUACAUCAGCGAACACAUACUGGAGAGAAGCCGUACAGAUGCAGUGAAUGUGGGAAAGGCUUCAUCGUGAAUAGUGGGCUGAUGUUACACCAGCGAACUCAUACUGGAGAGAAACCCUAUAUAUGCAAUAAAUGUGGAAAAGCUUUUGCCUUUAAAAGCAAUCUUGUGGUACAUCAGCGGUCUCAUACUGGAGAGAAACCCUUUUCUUGCAAUGAAUGUGGAAAAGGCUUCACCAUGAAACGCUAUCUCAUCGUACAUCAGCAAAUUCAUACAGGAGAGAAAUCCUAUGUAUGCAGUGAAUGUGGAAAAGGCUUUGGCAUGGAAACUGAGCUCAUUUUACAUCAGCAAACCCAUACUGGAGAGAAACCUUAUGCAUGCAAUGAAUGUGGGAAAGGGUUUGCUGUGAAAAGUCGUCUAGUCGUCCAUCAACGAACUCAUACAGGAGAAAAACCUUUUGUGUGCAGUGAAUGUGGAAAGGGCUUCUCUUCAAAGAGAAAUCUCCUUGUACAUCAGCAAACCCAUUCAGGAGAGAAAUACUAUGUAUGCAGUGACUGUGGGAAAGGCUUCACUGUGAAGCGCUACCUAAUUGCACAUCAGCGAACUCAUAGUGGAGAGAAACCUUAUGUGUGCAGUGAAUGUGGGAAAGGCUUCACCGUGAAGAGUAAUCUCAUUGUGCAUCAGCGUACUCAUACAGGGGAGAAACCCUAUAUAUGCAGUGAGUGUGGGAAGGGUUUCACCAUGAAACGCUAUCUUGUUGUACAUGAGCGAACUCACACUGGAGAGAAACCCUAUUUAUGUGAUGAAUGUGGAAAAUGCUUCGCUGUGAAGGGUAAUCUCAUCGUUCAUCAGCGAUCUCAUGCAGGGGAAAAAUCUUAUAUAUGUAGUGAGUGUGGAAAAGGCUUCACCGUGAAGCGCAAGCUCACUAUACAUCAGCGAAUUCAUACAGAAGGGAAAUCGUAUGUAUGUGAUGAAUGUGGAAAUGGUUUCACCACAAAGCACACUCUCAUUAUUCAUCAGCGAAGUCACACAGGAGAAAAACCUUAUGAGUGCAAGGAAUGUGGGAAAGCCUUUACCAGAAGGUCAGGGCUCAAUGUUCAUCAAAGAACUCAUACAGGAGAGAAACCCUAUGGAUGCAGCAUUUGUGAGAAAGCCUUCUCCCAAGUGUCAAACCUUCUUAAACAUAAGAAAAUGCACACAAGAGAAAUAGUAGAUUCGGUCAAGUUGGAAAUUCCUUUAAUGGAGAGUCACAGCUCAUUACUUACAAGUGAAUUCAUGCAGAAUAAAACCCCUAUUAAUGCAAUCUUUGUGGAAAUGCCUUCUGUGGCAACCAAGACCUCAUUAACAUCAGUGUUUCCAGCAGAUCAGAGUGCAAACACAGUACUGCCUGUUGUCUGAUGUAUGUCCUAAGGAAAUUAUGGAAUUUGCCCAUGAUAUAAACCUUGUGAAUAUACUGACUGUGGUAGUGUGUUUAGUGAUCCUUACAUAACAUCUUCUGUCAGUGAAAAUAUGGUGGAAACACUCUGAUACAUGCAAUGUGAAAAUGCCUUUCCACCUUCAUUAUAAUUCUCAGCAAAACUGUCUAGCUCCAAUAUAUGUCUGAAAAAUGGAUACUGAGAUGAAUUCUGUGAAUGCAGAGAUUAAAAAAGUCUUCAGUGGGACAAUAGACUUCAUUAACAGGGAUUGUCAUAGAUCAUCAGUGAGUUCAUUGUUCAUAGAAAUAUGAAAACACAAGCAAACAAACAAACAAAAACCCAAAGGAAUAGGGUAACCAUGCAAAAGCCUUUACCCAGCCAGAAGACCUUGAUUAGAGUCAGAGUUCACAUUGGAUAAAAACAUUAAGAGGACAAUAUAUAUUUUACAGGAUUUUAUGGAUAAAUUCUAUAUUAUUGUUAGGAAAUACAGAAGUUAAAACUUUAUGAAAAUGCUGAAUUUGGAGCACCUUUAUUCAAAUAUUGGAGAAGUCACGAAGGAAAGAAGUUCUGUGAGAAGUGAUACUGUUUGAGUGCUUUUUUAAAUAAGUCUAACUUUAUUUUACAUCAGAUAAUUCACCUGAUUUGCAUU